AUGAAAGCUAGCCAGCCACCGUCAGGUACCAAGUCAUCAACCACGAAAGAAAAGGAUCACGAAAACAAAAAAGCAGUGGAAACCUGCAAACUGCCUACCGUUACCGAUGCUAAGAGGCUGAAAAAAGGCACUGAGAAGAAAGAAGCAGACAAAAAUAAAAAGAAGGAAAAGGUUGCAAAACGAGAAAAAAUGAAAGAAAAUGACCUUCUAAAGAGCGACAGUUUUACAUGGAAAGUAGUAAAAUUGCUUGGAUCGGGAGGCUUUGGAGAUGUUUAUAAGGUAGUAAAAGAAAAUAAUGAGGACAAAAAGGAGUACGCUAUGAAGACUGAGAUGUGCGAAGGUGAUAAAAGGAUGCUUCGUUUAAAAAUUGAAGUUCGCGUUCUUGGACUGUGUCAAAACGUUGAAAACGCUGAAAAAAGGAAACAUUUCAUAGAACUAGUCGAUCGUGGCAAGACGGAAAAGUUCAAGUUCAUGGUAAUGGGUUUGGUUGGUAAAUCACUGGAAGACAUCCGGAAAACUGUGAUCGGACGGAAUUUUACAAAGUCAACUGGCAUGCAGGUGGCGUAUCAAACAUUACAAGCGAUCGGGGAUCUCCACGAUGUCGGAUAUCUUCACCGGGAUAUAAAACCACAGAACUUCGCUGUAGGACUAGGCGAAGAGGAAAAGACAAUAUUUAUGUUAGAUUUUGGAAUCGCAAGAAAAUACACCGUAGGAAACACAAAGCAACUCAAAGUUCCACGACUUCAAGUGAAGUUUUUGGGCACAUUGCGGUUUGCAUCAAGGGCGUGUCACAAUGGAAUCGAACAGGGAAGAAAAGAUGACUUAGAAACAUGGCUUUAUAUGUCUUUCGACUUGUUGGAUGAUGAAUGUGGUCUGCCCUGGAAGCGCUUACCUGAUCGAAGCCAAGUAGUUGUGUAUAAGGAAAAAUUUUUCCGAUUUCAAUUUCCACGGUGUUAUCGCAUAGUUCCAAAUGAGUUUAAGCGCAUAGUGGAAUAUAUCAACGGUAUGACUUUCGCUGAAGAACCCGAUUACAUAUACAUGACUCACUCGCUUAGAGCAAUAGCAAAAGAGAACAAAAUUGAUAUGGAUCGAAAAUUAGAUUGGAUUGGCAGAUCAAAAGGAGAAAAGAUUGAAACGGAGAAUGAGACUUCCUCAGACAACAAGAAUACAGGAUCUGAUGACUCCGAAUCGCUAGAGAGUAAACGAAAAUCUAGUGCACUUCGUAAAAAGACUCAGAUCGAUGGAAAAGCAAAGAAAUCAACAUUAGGGAGGAAGAAGUCGGAACGGGUAGCGGUCGGUGGACAGCCGUAA